AGAAGUUUCUCGAAUCGAAAGGUACGGUGCGCGUCGUGUUAUCGUCGUUAGCUGGUAAUUUCCGCGUUUUUUUAACGUGCCUCGUUCGGUCCUUGUCGCGUGCAUUCGGCCGGACGAACACCGGGCUGCGCGUCUUUGUUGCGCGUACGUGCGCGUGAGUUCACCGUGCGGGAAAUGAAGCACGGGAACGAGCAAGAGGGUCUCUCCUGCUAGCCAACGAGCGACGACGGGUUCGAUGCGCAGUCGCCAGGUGAGGCAACGACGACGUGUGCGCGCAACGGUUGGGGUUGGCCAGUGUUGCACGAAACCUUGCCACUCGCGACGCGCGGCGGUUCGUCGACGGUGAUAGAGGAGCCGCGGAAACACGGAUUUUUAACUCGCGCGCGGCCACUUUCCCGGGGCCCGUAUACCUCCUGUUAUCGUCGCGAUACCUGAGAACCGUGAGCGAACGUGGCGCGCCGCCAACACCGUAGACGUCGCGCUAUCGUCCUAUGGACUCGGGAUUACGGUCGUCGAUCCUUAACCUCAAAAAUAAAUAACACAACAUGUCGUUGAAAAAGGAUAGCAAGAUCAGUCUGUGUUGAAGAACGUGAAUUGAGCUUUAAAGUGGAACGGUGAAGGUUUUACACACAGGUGGCACAGCCGCAGGAUAAUAACAUUGAGCAUCAAGCGUGCAGUUAGUUUUUUCGUCCAGGACACGGUUACGUGUCGUAGGUUCCGUGGCCGCACGGUGAAGUGUGUGCUACUUGGAUAGGUAACAGGGUUCAGGUGUACGUUGACCCAGAAGUGAGUAGUGUUCGGGACGGAUAGCGACGGCAACGAAAGGUAAACCCUGGCACGAUGCAGACGCAGGGCGCUACGAGGGGACCGACUCACUUGGUCGCCCUUUAUGUGGCGACGGCGGGUCUCCAGGGUAAUGCUCUCGGCUCCGACGAGGAAGAGAUCACGCUGUUGGUUUACGUGCUCAUCGACGUGCAACAGAACAGGGUGAUGGGAAGGCAACAGUAUAUUGUACGACCGAUGGUAAUGGACGAAAGUUGUACGCCUGGAACCGGUAGCGACAAUCCGGCGAUUGCCGGAAGUAGUGGAGUCAUCAGCGAAGUAGCGUUAGCACACGCUCCGGCGUUAUCCGAAAGAAAUCUUCGAGAACACGGAAUUCCUCUGGAGCAAGCUAUCGAGAAGUUCGAAGCAUGGUGGUCCGCCAUGUCGUGCGUGACGUCCGGUUCCGCACCACGUUUCGUCGUAGACGGCCAGGCGCCAAUGAGACAAUGCUUACAUCCAGAGGCCUGCAACAAAGACGUCAACCUGCCAGAACAUUAUACCCUCUUUCACGAUCUCCGGAAGGAAUUCGUUGCUUGCUACUCAACCCAUGGAGAGCUCUCGACGUUUGGUAUACAGGAGAUGAUGGAAUAUUUUGGCCUACCGUUAGAUACUGAGAACGAGUUCUAUGUGCAUGAAAUACAAGAUAUGAUCUGUGUAAUACAGAGGAUGAUAAAAGAUGGUCACGUCUUCCAAAAUCCUGAAACAGUUAACAUUGUUUUAGAACCUGGUAUAUGCUCAAAAGACGAAGAAGUUGACAAUGGCUGUGUAGUAAGAGCUAGAGGUCUUCCUUGGCAAUCAUCGGACCAGGACAUAGCAAAAUUUUUUCGUGGCCUAAAUGUUGCCAAGGGUGGCGUAGCUCUGUGUUUGAGUCCUAUGGGAAGACGUAACGGAGAAGCAUUAGUACGAUUUGUUAACAAAGAACAUAGAGACAUGGCGUUAAAAAGACACAAACAUCAUAUGGGCGGAAGGUACAUAGAAGUGUACAAGGCAUCUGGAGAGGAUUUUGUUGGCGUUGCUGGGGGAACUAGCGGCGAAGCUCAUGCAUUUUUAUCCAGAGGGGCUCAAGUCAUUGUUAGAAUGAGAGGCUUGCCGUACGAUUGUGUUGCUAAACAAGUGUUGGACUUCUUUUUAUCAGGGCAAAAGCCCUGUCAUGUAUUGGACGGAGAGGAUGGAGUUUUAUUUGUGAAGAAGCCGGAUGGUAGGGCAACUGGUGACGCGUUUGUUCUUUUUGCUAAAGAAGAAGACGCGGUGAAGGCCUUAAGUAAACACAGAGAUUGCAUUGGUAGCCGGUAUAUAGAACUUUUUCGAAGUACGAUUGCCGAGGUGCAACAGGUGUUGAAUAGAGCGAUCGAUCCAAAACAGAUCGUACUUCCAACGCCGCCUAUUCCACAACUUCCUCCCAUACUUCCACAGCAUAUUAUCACCUCUGGCACGCGUAAAGAUUGCGUUAGAUUGCGCGGUCUUCCAUACGAAGCUCUCGUUGAACACAUCCUCGAGUUCAUGGGCGAACAUUCUAAGAAUAUUGUCUAUCAGGGCGUUCAUAUGGUUUACAAUGCUCAAGGUCAACCAUCCGGCGAAGCGUUCAUUCAAAUGGACAGCGAAAAUUCGGCAUAUGCAUGCGCGUCGCAGCGACAUCAUCGGUAUAUGAUAUACGGCAAGAAACAGCGAUACAUCGAAGUAUUCCAGUGCAGUGGGGAUGACAUGAAUCUGGUAUUGACAGGUGCAGUAACUCCAGCGUCAACCAAGGCUCUGCUAUCACCCGGUACGUUGACCACACAAACUCCCGCAACUUUGACACAUCCGCCUCCGCCGACGCCGGUACCGGUACCGGUACCGACGGCGCAACCCCCCCUCUGGGACAUUCACGCGUUAGUACAGGCUCAAGCCCAAGCACAAGUGCAGGCUCAAGCGCAAGCUCAAGCUGCUCAGGCUCAAGCGCAGGCAAUCCGAAAUCAAGACUUUUGGCUAAUGGCUCUAGCCUCGAAUCCACCACCUACCUCUACCACUCCUGCUUCCCCAACUUCGUCAGCUACGACUAAGACGCUCGCUCUACCGGGACCGAAUCCGCAGCAUCAGAUUCCUGCCUAUGCAAUGGCACCUCCCGCAGCAGCCGCCGCCGCCGCGGCUGCCGCGGCGCUUCACGCUCAACAACCCGCGCCGGCGCCCUUCUUACUUUUUAACGUACCCUCUCGAAUCCCUAUUUUACGCGCACCGGCACCGCAUGGUCUCCUGACACCUAUCGUUCAGGCUGCGCCCAUUAAUCCGGCCGCUAUAAUGGGACUGAAGAGAACCUGGGAAACCGCUUUCCCACCUGAUACAUCAAACACAGUCGCGAAACGUGCCACGUGGCACACACCAGCGACUGCAUUUCACGCGCAAGCUCCAGCCGCGGCACCGGGCUUGCCUUAUCCUGCUCAAUUUUAUCCUCAGAUUUGAUAGGUUAAGUCGCUAGCAUCGACGAUAAUCGCUCUAAACACAGCGGACGGACGUCGUGUCUCCUCUUCUUAAUGCAUCUCUCUUCUAUGUACUUUUCUACGUCGUAGGUUGAAUUUGAACAAGAAUCGAUCGGUACGUUUCUCGCAGUCGUUGCAACGAGAGGUUGUGAUUUUGAGACGUUUAUUUGCCGCGUGGGUGACGGGCAAAUUUAUUCCAGUUGCAUCGUUACUGCGUGAAAGAGUGUUGUACCAUUACCACGAUGGGCGAUUUAUUCUUCUACGAAUAUAUACGAUACAUGCUAUUGUGUCCAAGGCAACUAUUUACAGAUGACAUUCCGCAUGAUAUUCUGUGCAAACCCUUUUUUCAUAUUAUCGUGUUAUUUUAGAGUCAGUUAUUUUAGAGAUCGUUUCGACCCUCGAACUAAAGAUAUAUACAUGUAUAUUUAAUCAUUAUAUAUAUAUAUAUAUAAUAGUUUCAGAGAUGUUUUUUUUUUUUUGAUACUUAAUCGAGCAGCAGUACUUAGAGUGUUUUUCUUUAUGUCAUUUCCUUACACAACGUAUGAGUUUUUUGAUGGUCGCGUUACAUGAUAUAUCGUUGAGAAGUGACUAUGCAUCUUUCUCUUUCUCUUUGUUAUACGUGUUCUUGUACUCUAUAGGAGUUGUUCUUUCAAUUUGUCGUAUAUGACAUGUGCUUAGUAAAGUGCCUUAAAACGUGAAUCAUGAACAAUGAACUGUUCGCCUUAGGACGUAAUUUCAUUUCUUUCGAAGAUUUCGGAAUUUAUACGCGCAUGUAAAUAUAUACAGAUAAUAGAUUUAUAUAUAUAUAUAUAUUAACAGAAAAUGAAAUAUAAACGCAGACAUACGCAUAUAUAUAUAAAUAUAUAUAUAAGAAUGAUUUAUAUAUUUUGCUAGAAAUAUUUUUAUUAGGGAUAUAAGUAAAUGGACAUUCCAUCCAAUGUUAUCGGUUUUUAAGCUCUAAUUUACGGAGAGUAGCUUCUUCUUUACGCGGCAUCUACUUUACGCACGUCCAUGUUUAGGAAAAAGAUUAUUUUCGUUUUCUUUCUAAGCAAGAGCCUGAAGUUACAUUGCAAUUUUACAUCAAAACGAUAUUAUUUCGAUUGCAAUUGCAAUGCGCGUGAGCUUCCUGAGCCAGUCGAUUCGACGUGACCGAUAAGAAAAGUCCCACGACGAGAUUCACAAAUCCAUUUCUAGCCCUCGCCACAUUCCUAAGAGAAUUUGCUUUUCUCUGUGCCGCAUAAAGGACACUUCGAGCUCGAAACAGGAAAACCAAUCGAGGCAAUACGCUCAGUUCACGUUGCGCUUUUACGCGAACGUUCUCCGGUGGUGCGAAUACGUUCGUCGAUUGGAUUAGUUGUGUGAACAUUACGAGAGUUUGGUGAACGAUACAUAAAGCACGAAGAAGAAAAGAACAUAUAUUAGAGAACGGUAGUGUUAUUGGCAUCGUAAGUAUUCCCUCUUGAUCGUAGAAAUUCUAUUCGUUCUCCUUUCAAGGUCGAACGUUUCUUCAGUUUCCUUCUCAUAGCUUGUAUUUCAAAUAAUAUACGGAAUUUAUAUCUGAAAACCAAACAUAGAUCGAGCGAAACGUUGCACAAGACGUGUCAUCUUAUGUCAUAAGAAUGAUAAUGGGGCCAAAGGGAAUACUAAACCAAUGUCUAAAUACUAUUCUGCAUGAUAAUUUAAUCCUGAUUAAAAUAGACGAACGUUUUUCACUGGAAAAAAGGAAAAAUAGAAAAAUAGAAAAAUAAAAUAAAAUAAAGGAAAUUACUAAAAAGAGGAAAAAAUAAAUCUUCGUGCUAUAUCAUAUAUUAGCUAGGAGUCGUAGGUAGCGAUGUUCUUAACUUGGUGUCGGCGGUGUAUACCUUCUUCUCGAUGCUCUUCUAAUAUUUUUGUGAUACCGUAGAAUUGGUGGAACGAUUGGAGGAAAAGGCGUGUCGAGGGGCCUGACAUCGAGCGUACGUGGAAAGCUCGUAUCUCGUAGAAAUAAACGACGAUCGAUAUUUUUACUGCCAUUGCGAAACAGCUUUUUUUCCAGAAUAGUUCACGCGAUCGCGAAGCUCGCUUAGCCUUUCGUCCUUCGCUGCUACUCUUUAUUAUGGUUUUUCUGUAUGCUCGAUCUCGGUGUUACCGCGGAGCAACGUGAAGUGCUGUCCAGUGAUUACACAGAUUUUUUUCUUGCCACGUUUCUCUAUACGUUUUCUCCUUCUCCUUUUUUUUCUUUUUUUUUUUUUUUUUUUGUUUAUUUUUUUACAUGCACUCAUAUAUACAUAUACAGAUAACGUAGAGCGUGAAUUAACGAUUCUACGAACCAUGGAAACGGCACGAGACGCACACGAUGAUCGUUCUUAUUGCUCCAAAGUAUAAAGUCCACGGGCAUAGAAAUGACUGGUUUGCAUGUCGUGGUUUUGUGGAGGGACGUGCAUACAAGUACCUGUAAUAUCCUUCUUCGUUACCUAUCGUUUACGAGACGACAGACUUACGUAACGGGUUGAGUUACUUUUUUCUGUUUUUUUCCCCUAAUACGUAAUUACGUUCAUUAUAUAUUAGUCGUUUUCUUCUCUUCCCCUUCCAAAACUUUGCCUCCCUCUCCGACCCUUUCCAUACUUGUCGCAUUCCUUUCCGUAUCAUAACGCACAUAGACUAUCUAAUAAUACAUCUUGUAACAGUUUCCCCCCUCUCCCCUGCCCACCUCGUACGUAUAUUUACACGUAAUCCUAUGAUUCUCGCACAACGCCUCCCUCUGUUUGACAGGAUACAGUAGCGUAUUACAUAGAACUGAGUAGUACCUUUGGUAUACACCUAGUCUUGUUUUGUUGUUACAAUUGCAGUGCAAAGUGUGUACGACGUUCGACGAAUACUUUGCAAGCUGGUUCGCACGUGUGCAAGCGAAUAGAGAUUGUUUGUCCGUCGAAUAAAAACAUUGUCAAGUAUCGAUAUAGUGCCUGAAACUGUAAAGAGAUGAACAUGUACUUUGGUACUCGAGUCGUGCACAUUUUACAUUUCAAUCUUACCGAUGUAACUCGAGAGUCGGGAUAUAGUCUGCCGAUAUUAUUUAUGUCGGGCUUCCUGAGUCUGCUUUUAUAUAGCAUUAAUAGACAUCUUAGAGAUUUGAACGGAGUGACGCGAAACGGACCAAUUUGAUUUUACUCCGAGAGUUGUUUCUGUGGAUCUAAGGAUAUACAGAUGCGGUAAUUUUUUAGAUCAGGGAAAUGAUAUUUGGUUUGGGGAAUCGACCGUGUCUAAAUUUCAUUGGUCGAUUUGAUCGUAAAAACGAUUAACGAUAGAUUGAUAUUUCGUACUAAAAACAUGCGAAGAUCGGUUAGAAUUUUCUAGAGAAUUUAUUAUUCCAAAUAGUUAAAUGCAUUGCAGUCGUUGUUAUGGAACGAGAAUUAUGAUCUAUAUUAAUCGAUAAUAUCUUAGAAAAGACCAGAAAUUUUUCCAGAUAUUCUAAACAGCCUCCGAUAAAAACGAGCGACGAUUUACGUCCCUUAGAUCCAUAGAAGUCGUUUCCUCGACUUCUUACAUUUACGUAGUCUCCAUUUCGCGUCGCUACUGCGGAGGCGCAUCUUGGUGUGUUUUUAAAACGCGAACAAUCAAGAAAUGUAUCCGUCGGGAGUGUCGAGAAGUUCCCAAGCUUCCCGCGUACUUAAAUCUUCCUUACGGUGUUAGUACAAUGUUUCGUUAACUGGUGAAAAUUUGAAACUAUCAUUGGCCACUAACAGGAAUCGAAUUCGUACAGACGUACGUAAGAAUUUCUCGACACGCUCGACACUCGCAGAGAUUCCUCUACUAGAUAUACAUACCGAAUAGUUACGACUAUCGAUAACUGCGGCUGUAUCGGUGUACGAGAGAUGCGCCUUCUCGUAAGAAGGACACAUGCGUGCAUCAAAUGGACAAUGUUAUGCGUUAACAGGCCAGAAGCGGCUAGGAGGAUUGCUAUUGUAAGUUACGCCGAUCAGAGACAGAAUCUUCAAAGGGUUAAGUCCAACAGCGACAACGCCACUUCUAACCACGUUGAAUAAAAAUAAGUUUCAUCCUUUCAUCAACCUGUUAACCGGAGGGGGGGGACCCGUGUUAGCUCGUUACUUCGAUAUCAUAAUUUCUCCGUUCCUUGUCGUUUAGCGCGUUGUCUCGUUUCUGUUUGAAUUAAAUUGUAUCAUAUUUAUAUUUGAAAGAACUGAAAUUAAUUAGUUAUUCGUAACGUUUAAGUCCGUAAUUAUAGAAGUUUUUGACUAGAGGAUGAUCUGGUUAACGACUCGAUUUUAAUCGAUCGUCAUUUAUCAUGUACGUAUCAACGCAAGAGCAAUCCAUUUCCUACGUAUCAGAGAACCGCUCGAUUCUAUUACUGCAUAAUGUCGUCCGACUGUGUAUUACCUGCCAUUAGCUUUCGCUGGGCACUCACACGAGCCGUAUUAUACACGUUAUCCGCGGGGUACCAAAGGGGAGAGCAAGAUUAGUGGGAGAGCGUGAGAGGGAACGAAAGGAGAAGGGAUAAAGAACGAGCGUGAAAAGAAAACGUAGCAUUUUUUAUUUUAGAUUAUUGUUAUUAUUAAUAAUAUUAUUAUUAUUAUUACUAUUACUACUACUACUACUAUUAUUAUUACUAUUAUUACUACUACUACUACUACUAUUAUUAUUAUUAUUAUUAUUAUUUUUAUUAUUAUCAUCAUCAUCAUCAUCAUCAUCAUUAUCAUUAUCAUUAUUAUCAUCACCGUCAUCCUCAUUAUUAUUAUUAUCACUAUCAUUAUUAUUGUCAUUAUUAUUACUAUUAUUAUUAUUAUUAUUAUUAUUAUUAUCAUUAUUAAUUUACUAUUAUUAUUAUCGUUCCAAGUACUAACUCAAAAGCUCGUCACCAUCAAAGGUCGUGGCAUAAUAAUAUCUUUUUCUCUCUCUCAUUAUGCGUUGAAUGUGUUGUCUCUGGCAUUUUGUGAUCCGCUAACUUGGUGACUGACAGUGUGUCGUCCUCCCCACCCCUUUGCAAGUUUACAUUUUUGACUAAUCGUCGUGAAUAGUUAUUAUCAUUGUCAGUACGUCACUAUUGUCGCUAUUAUUCGGAGGCUGACUAAAACGGUAUAAUAAGCGGCACGUUCAUUGUUAAUUAUUCAUUUAGACUUUCUUAGGGGCUAUUCAGGUGAAACACGGAUCGGACUCUCGCUCCACUAUAAAUCUUUUUUCUCCCUUUUCUUUUAACACGAAGUUAAUCGUAGCUAAUCGAUCAGCGAUCUUGUCGCGCAAAGUUCGUUUUCGAACAAGACGAAAUUUAAUUAAAUUCGAUCUAGAACGUGAUUAGAUUGCGAAAGGUUGGAAAUUGAAAGACUUAUGAGAAGGACGAGAGUCUGCGCAGUUAUCACCGUGAAAUAGACCACUCUAAUCAUACCUUACGAGUUUUCACGGCUAAUCGUGAUUGUCCUGGCGAAAGUUAAUUAAUAAUUACGGCGCGGUACCAGCUUCACGCGUAUUGUUCGCGAUGUAACAAAAAAUGGGACGAGUUCAUCACUGUACGAUACUUCUCCUCUUUUUUUUUUUUUUUCUCAAGCCUCAUCCGAAUUACGAAAGAACGUUUUUUUCCGAUUGCGUUUUAUCUAUACUGGGAUAUAGGACACACAUAGAUACAUAUAGAAACCAACAAGAAAUACACUGGAUACACGAAAUGCAACAGGCACACGUAUACGUUAGAAAACAUACACAUAAAACACAAACAGACAGGAUUUUAUACCAAUCUUUUUUUUAACCCUUGUAUACACACUUUUUUUCUGUAUAUCAACGAUUAUAUCGAUGGUGAAUCGAUCAUGUUUAAUAAAUGUGCCUUGUGGACAUA